AUGUCUUCUCCAUUGAGCGCAAUCAAGAUCCGCCGGAAGAAGAAUGUCAAGAAGGGUAUCCAGUUCUGUCUGAUGGUCUGCGGUGCCUCGGGUACAGGACGGACUACCUUCGUGAACACACUGUGCGGAAAAAAGGUCCUCACAGCAAAAGAUGCCGAUGAUGCGACGAAUGCUCACCUCGAGGAAGGCGUGAGAAUUAAGCCCAUCACCGUUGAAUUAGAAUUGGACGAGGAAGGAACCCGUAUCUCUCUCACGAUCGUUGAUACCCCCGGCUUCGGAGACCAGAUUGACAACGAAGCAAGCUUCGGUGAAAUUGUUGGAUAUCUCGAGCGACAAUACGAUGAUAUUCUUGCAGAGGAGUCGCGUAUCAAGCGUAACCCCCGUUUCCGCGAUAAUCGUGUCCACGCUCUCCUUUACUUUAUCACUCCUACCGGCCACGGGCUCCGCGAACUGGAUAUCGAACUCAUGAAGCGACUGUCACCGCGUGUCAACGUCAUUCCCGUUAUUGGCAAAGCCGACUCCCUUACGCCCGCUGAAUUGGCUGAAUCUAAGAAGCUUGUCAUGGAGGAUAUCGAGCACUACCGCAUCCCGGUUUACAACUUCCCAUAUGACAUCGAGGAGGAUGAUGAGGACACAGUUGAAGAGAAUGCCGAGCUGCGUGGCCUGAUGCCGUUCGCAAUUGUCGGCUCAGAAGAGGUUGUUGAGAUUGGAGGUCGCAAAGUUAGAGCCCGACAAUACCCAUGGGGUGUUGUGGAAGUGGACAACCCAAGACACUCCGACUUCCUUGCUAUUCGAAGCGCACUCCUUCACAGCCAUCUGGCUGAUUUGAAGGAGAUCACACAUGACUUCCUGUACGAAAACUACCGUACCGAGAAGCUUAGCAAGAGCGUUGAGGGUGGUGCUGGAGCUGACUCUUCGAUGAACCCCGAGGACCUGGCAUCCCAAUCUGUCCGUCUAAAGGAGGAGCAGCUUCGUCGCGAGGAGGAGAAGCUCCGCGAAAUUGAGGUCAAGGUUCAGAGGGAGAUCAAUGAGAAGCGACAAGAGUUGUUGGCUCGCGAGAGUCAGCUCAAGGAGAUUGAAGCCAGAAUGCACCGAGAGCAAAGUGCACAGUUGGAAGCUGCCAAUGGUGCUGCUGCUGCUUCCGCCGAGCCAGAGGCUUAA